UCAGGUAAUCCUGGCUCCUUCCCCGGCUAGGGUCGACGUCGAUGAAUCCGGCAGCUCCAUCUCCAUAUACCGGCGCAGCGCCACCACCGCAACCUCCCGCCUUGCCGCCGUUCCCACCACCGUCCGCCGCUUUCUGGAACGCUGCAAAUGUGCACGAUCGUCUCAAAGAGUUACGCGAUACUAUCAACCUCGCUGAAGCUUUGAAAACAGAGCUGGAGGUGAUAAUUAGGGCGAACAAUGUAGUAAAGGGGAAUUCUGAGGGUUCGGAGAAUUCGGCCACGAGCGAUAGCUUUUCCAGGUUUCUAUGCGUUAAUAAUAUUGAUUUGAAAUGCCAGGAAUUGCUUUCUCUGGAAGCUGCGAAUGCAUUGAUAUCGACGUUGAGAGCUCAGCUUGAGCCGUUUAGGAUUGCUGCCGAUGAGUCGAGUCCAUGGGAAGAAAAAUCCGCAGCUCAGAGAUUAUCUAAUAAACUGGACAAGUACAAAAGGAACAAACUUUGGAGGAAAAGGAAGAGGAAACGUGUUGCAGAGAAGCUGGCAAUGGAGAGAGAUCGAUUCGAGCAAGCUGAUAAAGAGGCUGAUGAAUGGAGGGCUAGAGAGAUAGCAAAAGAUGUUGCUAAUCAAAAGGUUGAAAAGAUGAAGGAGAUAGCAAAGCGAAAAGAAAAAGAGGAGAGAAGAAAAUUAGAAUCUGAGCUUGAGCUGGCAUUGAUGGUGGAGAAGUUGCAGGAAUUACGCUCCAUCAGGAUUCAAAAGUUAAAAAAACAAGGACGGUUUCUCCCAGAGGAGGAUGACAAGUUCCUCGAAAGAGUUAAAGCUGCAGUUGAGGAAGAGGAACGGCAAGCAAUGGCUGCAGCCGGCACAGGUGCUGCAAAGGACGCCAUAGCAAACGCUGAAGAGUCGAGAAAAGCCACUCAAAGUUAUAAGCCGGAUUCUAAAGAUGCUAAAGAUGAGAAGGAACAUGGGAACAAUGAUGUCAAAGAUAAAAUAACAACCUCUUCCUCAGAGAAGGAACAUGGGAACAAUGGAGGUGGAGGCAGCAGUGCAUAUGACUCUGUGUCGAAUUUACCAAUGGAGUUUUAUCAUUACUAUUAUGGCAGUAAUCACGAUAUGGGCACACUCAUCGAGGUUCGACGAACAUGGGAUUCUUACAUAAGGCCCGGUGGAAGCCGGAUCCCGGGGCACUGGGUCCAGCCACCACCUCCUGCAGAUGAAAUAUGGGCAUCCUGCCUGGUGAAACCUUAGAUCAACUCUACAUCAACAUUAUUUUUACCAUGUUGCUUCAUUUUUUAAGGUACCAUGAAUCCCUAAUUUGCAAUAGUCACACUUGAUUCCUAUUAGUUCAAAGUCGAGCUAUUGCCAAAUCUCUUUUCCCAAAAGGUUAAAUCCCCAACCCCCAAGGCCUUCCACAGCCUAGCCGGACAAAGCACGCGAGAGGAUGUAAAUUACGGUAACUUAGUGGCUCAGCAGAUAAGGUUAAAUGCUGGUACACAUAAGGGCACUGAUGUUGCGGAGUUUCGAAUCUUCGUCUUUUCUUUUAAAUAUAUUAUCUACUGAAUCAAUAAGCUAAGUCUCGUGUGACCUCCUAUUGUCAAAUCUCAUUUAGAUGGUUGACAUAUUUAAAGCGAGAUUCGCAGUUUAUUGCAAACUCUGUGCCUUGUAUACAAUUUAUUAGCUUACAUGAUUAAUUGCAAAAGUAUGAGAAUAUUAUUUUUGAUUA